AUGGGCAAAGUGAAUUGUCCCAUAUGUGAUGCCGUUGUCGAAGAGUCCGACAUCAACCUGCACAUCGAUCUCCUUUGCCGCGGAGCACCUGGUGAAGGUGGUGGGCGAGAUGGCCAGCGAACACCGAGUCGGAGACAGAGCAGCCAGAGAAAAGAGGCGCUGAACAGCGAUCCCAACGCCAUCGAUAGCCCUCCUCCUCCUCAGCGAUCUCGGCCGGCAGCGCGCCAGAGCUACAGCAACGGAAGUGGCAUGUUUGGUAAGCGACCGGCGCCUACCGACGACAAGCCAGACAAGCGGCAACGGGUCAACCCUUUGAAGGCCAGUGCUCCCGAACGCAGACUUCAAGGAGCUGAGCGCCACGAGCGCGGGGGCUGCGGAUGUACGACAGGUUUUCGAGCAGGCGAAGAAUGGCCUCACGUUGACUGGACGGUAAGCAGCUUGAGAUCCGCCAAGCUGAUGGGCAGCAAGACCAUUCUCAUGGUGGACGAGAUUCACCGCUUCACGAAACCUCAACAGGACCUGUUCCUUCCUUACGUUGAGAACGGCUGGGUGCAGCUAAUCGGGGCAACGACGGAGAACCCCAGCUUCAAGGUCAACGGCGCGCUUCUGAGUCGAUGCCAAGUCUUCACGCUCUCCUCUCACACGCCGGCUGAUCUCGAAGCGAUUCUUCAGAAUGCUGUUGCCUCGCUCGAAAACCCACCGGAGCUUCCGGCGAAGUUGCUGCCGUUCCUGGCUGAAGUGGCUGACGGUGACGCGCGGCAGGCUCUAAAUGGGCUCGAACUGGCGUUGAAAGUGUGCGAAUCACCGCCGCCAAGGCAGACAACGCUGAACGAGACCGAAGAGGAAGCGCGGGAGCGUCGGGACGAGCAGCUCAUGGAGGCUGUCCGACGCGGGCUAAGAAAGGGCUACGAUCGGUCGGGCGAGGAGCGGUACGACAUGAUCUCAGCGCUGCACAAAUGCUUGCGCGGCAGCGACGGGUCGGCAGCGAUGUACUGGCUCGCACGCAUGUUGACGGGUGGUGAAGAUCCGCUGUACAUCGCGCGCCGACUGGUGGUCAUGGCGAGCGAUGAUAUCGGGCUCGCAGACAACCAUGCUCUGCCGCUGGCGAUGGCGACGUACCAAGCGUGCCAGGUGAUUGGCAUGCCAGAGUGCCGGAUCAACCUCGCGCAUUGCGUUGCUUAUCUCGCAGAAGCUCCAAAAUCAACUCGCUCGUACAAGGCGUACAACCGCGCCGAGGCGCUUGCAUCUAAGCCCCCGCUCCCUGGUGUACCAUUGCAUGGUCCGCAAUGCCCCUACGAAGCUCAUGAAGCAACUGGGGUACGGGAAGAGCUAUAG